AAAUAAUACUGGUUUUGUUACCUUGUGAAAAGUAUAGGCCAAUGGCUCAUUUUACGUAAACCACGCGCCUCCACCUACUGUGUGCGUUUUGCAGCGCUUGUUAGCGCAGCAAACUUUGAACUCUUCAAAGAUGGCGACAAGUCUGGAGAUGGUCCAUCAGUUCUUUCUCUUUCUUUAGAGAACGACACAUCGGAACGCCAAAAUUGAGCUCUCUUGAUCUGCUCCCAAUUCAUUGUUGAAAAGCACAAAUAGCUAUUUCAUACCCGACGAUACCGCGAGCUGUUGAGCAACAUAGCCGCCUCCGUAGUGCGUUUACAUUUGUGCGGGGCAGGUGUAGAAUAUGGAGGGAGAGGUGGGCCUUGUGACCGGCCGCAGUCAGAGAGAGAAGAAAAGAUCCUACAAAGAUUUCCUGAGAGAGGAUGAUGAUGAUGACCUAGUGGAGGAUGAAGAACAACUUGUCGUCAAAGAAUGCAAAUACAAGAAGUCAUAUAAGAAGAAGAGGAGACAUUCAGGUGACCACACCCACCCUCACAGAUGGACCAAUGGCAGUGCAGGACCGGAGUUGGAUGGUAUCUCCCAUCAUGACCACCAGACCUGUGAAUCACCAGAUGAAUGGAUGACAGAGGGGGAGAGAAUUGAUGAAACUAGGGAGGAGUCUACCAUGCCAUCAUUCUGGAUGUACAUGGAUGACCAGCAGAACGAGAUAAGGGCAGAGUCCUCUACAGCUAGCUGCAGUCUCGUGACCCCUGCUACCACAGACUCACCCAUGUUGACAGGGCCUGAGGUAGACCCAGUGAACGCAGCGGCCCACCUACAGCUGCUGGGGGAAUCCCUGUCUCACAUUGGCCACCGGCUUCAGGGAACUAAGGAGAUGAUGGCAGUGUCAGGUAGUCUGUCUGUUUUACUGGACUCUCUACUGUGUGCCCUGGCUCCCCUGGCCUGUCUCACCUCUCUGGUCCCCGAGUUACGCAGCUGCCCUUCACACUCACACACACUGGCUAAGACACUGGACAACAUUGCCUAUGUGAUGCCUGGUUUGUGAAGUCUGUCUGAUGAGGAGAAGAGCCUUAACCAGGGCAAGCAGGAAGUUGUCAUAAUUUGAACGGAUGUUCCUUCCUGUCUGUUUGGGGCCUAUAGAAAGGAUGGGGGAAGAAGAAGCCAUGUGUUCUAAAAGAGGAGGGGCUUAAGCGAACGGCCCAAUCUGCAAUGAGCGCUCUAAUUUACCUGUAUCCAAAGUUAUCUGGGUUCAUAUUGAAUUUGAAAGAUAAACUAUUUAUUUAGUUUAGUUUAUUUGUUCAAUUAAAACUUGUUUUGUUCAUGCAA